AUGGAACUGGCUCUCAAAGAAGCCCUCUGUGCAAGGGGAGAAAAACAUUUCACUGAUCAAGAAGUUCCUCCAAGUGAUCAAUCCUUGUUUGUAGAUCCCAAAAACCCCCCUUCCAAGUUGCAGGUUGUUUCUAAGUGGACAAGGCCUGCUGAAAUUGUGAAAGAGAACCGUCUGGAUUCUGGUCCAUGCUUAUUUUCUGGGACAGCAAAUCCUUCAGAUGUCUUUCAGGUUGAAUGGGUCCCAGUUGUUGUCGAUGAUUGGAUUCCAUGCGAAGCGCCAGGCAAACCAGCAUUUGCUACCACUAGGAAGGGUAAUGAGCUCUGGGUGUCUAUAUUGGAGAAGGCCUAUGCCAAAUUGCAUGGCUCUUUCGAGGCACUGGAAGGCGGGCUGGUUCAGGAUGCUCUUGUGGACCUCAUUGGAGGUGCUGGUGAGGAAAUUGACAUGAGGAGUGCCCAGGCCCAGAUUGAUCUUGCAAGUGGUAGACUUUGGUCUCAAUUGUUGCGCUUCAAACAAGAAGGGUUCCUAGUUGGUGCUGGGAGUCCUUCGGGUUCAGAUGUGCACAUUUCUUCCAGUGGCAUUGUGCAAGGGCAUGCAUAUUCUUUAUUGCAGGUGAGAGAAGUUGAUAGCCACAAACUUGUUCAAAUUAGAAAUCCAUGGGCUGAUGAAGUUGAGUGGAAUGGUCCUUGGUCUGACGCAUCACCUGAAUGGACUGAUAGGCUGAAGCACAAGCUGAAGCACAUCCCUCAGUCAAAAGAUGGCAUAUUCUGGAUGUCUUGGCAAGACUUCCAGGUUCAUUUCCGAUCAAUAUAUGUUUGUCGUGUCUACCCCCCAGAGAUGCGCUAUGCUUUUCAAGGCCAAUGGCGUGGUUACAGUGCCGGUGGCUGCCAGGAUUACGAAACGUGGCAUCAAAAUCCACAGUUCCUGUUGAUGGCCACUGGAUCGGAUGCAUCAUUUCCAAUCCAUGUGUUCAUAACCUUAACUCAAGUAAGCCUUGUAAUGGGCCUUUGGGUGUGGGUUUCUCAAGAACAUCAAUCCAGUCAUGAUUCAUUGAUGUUCUACAUUGGGAUGAGGAUACUUAAAACUCGAGGCAGUCGUGCAGCUUACAACAUAUAUCUGCAUGAAUCAGUUGGUGGGACAGACUAUGUCAAUUCUAGAGAAAUAUCAUGUGAAAUGGUUUUGGACCCGGAUCCAAAGGGAUGGCUCUUAAAUUGGAUUCUGUCCGUUGGGCUGAGAUCUGCCAGAGUUUUUGAAUUGCUAUUGUUGUCCGUGGAUCUUGAACUCCUUACAGGCAGGCAGGUUUUGUUGGACCUCAGUGAGCAGAAGAGGGAUGAUUAA